CGAAUGUAUUAGGCAACCGUGUACGAGACGGUCGAGACGUGAUGGGCGUUGCGAUGUACAAAUUUAAUAUUUGUACACAGUCGACUAGGACACUUGAUGUAAUAUGAGUCAGAAGAAUAUUUAGAUACACGUAAAACGUUUGAAGCCUGAUAAGCCUUCUAUUUUCGUGAGUAUAAACAGUUUUCAAUUCCGAUGUCACAAGUAAUUGGUAGAGGUACCUAUAGAUAAAAGUGUUGUGGUUUUUGUUGGUUUAUCAAAACAUUAACACAUUAGUAAACGAUAAACCGCAUUGGUCGCAUUAUAAAUUAGAAGCGUACGAACGCGGAGAAUCGAUGUGAUUUCAAUUUUUCGGUUUUUUUUUUUUUUUUUUUUUUUAUGUGAAUUUCCGUUUUUUAAUAAAAAAUUUUCGGUUGUUUGAUUUACACUGACAUGCGUUUCCAGUCGGUAAUAAUAAUAAGUAUUUAGGUAAGUAAAUAAUAUUCAAUAUUCUAAUAUGCGUUCUAUACAAAGAUUUCGAAAACUUUCAGCUGGUUUUUGAUUCUAAUUAUUAGUAAUGUAACUAUAGGCGUGCGCAGACUUCUGAGUCAGAUAUGGCUAAAUUCAAUCUGACCAUCCUACUCCUUCCUGUCACGGUCACACAAUAAAACAAUUAUAGACAUUUUCACUACAAACUUCGAAGUGAACCUUUUGUUGGGGACUGAAAAAUGUAAACAAUCAUUAUUCAUUAUUUCACACAUACAAUUCAUACCACAGCGCUAUUCAGAGAAUUGUUAUCUAGAGAGUUUAUUACAUUAUAAAACCAAAAUAUUCUUUACUCUAGAUAACUUAUAGUAUAACUUUUAUACCCGGGACAUCUAUUCUUCGGAUAAAACAUGGAAUUUUAAGACCGAGCCUAAAUCGAACAUUUAAUCCAGAUAUAAUUUGAUCAAGUGCGAAAUAAAAGCAAGAAUGUUUCAUUUCAUCUUUUUUAGUUUUCUCAAAUUAUUGAUGAUCGUGGUUGUCGUCAAUCUUUUUUGAUAUUUUUCGUUUUUUUUACAUUAGGAAUGUCAAUAUUAUUUUCAUCACACAUUUUUAUAUAAUUUUUGUAUAUUUUUUCAUAUUCUUCAUCAUCAGACCGAUAUUGACUAAUUGUUAAACUAAUUAUUGUUCCCUUUGUAAAUUUGUAUUGACUCAAUAGAACUGAAAAAAAAAAUGUUCCAGCAUGUUCAGGACGAAUAUAAAAUUAAAAGAUUGUAUUUGAAAAAUUAAUCCACGAGCUUUAGCGCUUAAAUCCGAGAGUCUGGUUGAAUCACAAAUUUCUUGAAGCGCCAUAACCAAAGCUGAAUAAUUAGAUUUAAUAGCGGAUAUAGUUUCGGAUCGGUAAGCCCAUCUUGUUUUAGAUUUUAGCGUUAAAAGUUUUACAUUUAUCUGUUUAGCAAUUUUUUUCAAGUAUAGCAUUGCUAACGCAACUACUUUCAGUGGUAACUGGUAUAAAUACACAUAAAGACAAAACAUAAUAUUUAUUUUGAUCAUAGAUAUUAAACGUGUUUAAUAUCCACGAGUACUUAUCACAUCUCGAUGGACAACCGCCAACAUAUGUAAAUAUCUAUUGUUUUUGAUUUAUUUUGCUAUCAAUUUUCUACGGCUAUAACGACUUAUUACCUUCUGAUUUCUAUAUAGUCUCUUGGGUAAACACAAACGUUUAAAAACUAAAAGGGCUAUACCUACUUUUAGUCAUAACUUCAUAAAGUAUCAAGUAGGUAUCCACCCACGUAAAAAAAAAAAAAGGCUCAGAUAGGGCUAAAGCCCAGUCAGCCCUUCCCGAGCGUACACUCAUGAAUGUAACUGACCUGUAAUUAUUGAUAAAUUAUGAUUUAUGAUGUUAGGUACCUGUACGGAAGUACAGUUUAUUGAAUAAUGGGAGAGAAACAUGAUGAUUUGUCCAAUGAAAUGGGAACAUUAUCCGUUAUGGAAAAUAUCUGUUUGGAAAAUCACGGAUUUGAUGCCGAAUUGCGCACAAAGUUGUACAAAAUGAAAAACGAAUAUGAAACCGUUUUUUCGUGGGACAUCGAAAUACUCACCGAAAAAAGUAAAAACAAAAAUCUAAUAUCGAACUUUAUCGUUAGGAUCCGAGAAAGAUGCGAAUCGACAAUAGACAAUGACGAUGGUGUGUUCAAUUUAAACAGGUAAAUAAUAUUGAAUUGAAAUUUGGAGGUUUAUAAGUUAAAAAUAUUUAUUUAUGUGCAUAUAUGAGUAUCGUCAAAAAUAAAAAAAAAUAUGGCGUAGACACUCUAAAGCUAUCAGAAUUUCGAAAAUCUCGAAAAAAAAAAAAUGUUUUAGCAUUCACCCUCCACCCCGUGGGCCGUAUAAUUAUAUGUGUGCAUUGUUAUUUGUUUUUAGUAUUUUUACAACACUAACAUUUUUCGAAUAGCUCGGUUCAGGUGUCGCUAUAGAAACAGGCAAGGUAACUGAUAUUUUAAACAAAAAAUAGAUGUUUGGAUAAAUAUAUUUACUACAGUGUUAUAAGGCUUCUAAGCCAUUUUUAAUUAUAUUUUGACAGCUUGCGGGUAAUUUGAGUUUCCACAUAUUGAGUUCAGCCAAAACGUUGUGUUUAUUAAUAAUGGGAGAAUAAACAUCAACUAGCAGCUGAACCAUCUUGUUUAAAUUUUGAAUAUUCCAACCAUGGAAAUAAAUUCAACAAUGAUGACUGGUAUUUUUAUUUUCUAUUACUAGAAAAGUAAAAUUGUUAGGUGGGACCCAAUUAAUGUGUUUUAAAACCUAUCAAAAAGCAAGAAGUUUGGAAAUAUAAAUUAUUUCAUGUUAAAUGUAAAUACUAAAUAGUAUAAUAAUAAUACACAUAACUCUUAUGUUCUGAUUGCAAAACACAAUAUAAAACAUACGGCAAUUCCGUAGCCAGAAAGUAGUUUUUGUGGGUGAGAGGGGGGAGCAUCUUCUUGUUAGCUACAGCACUUUUAGAAAAUAUAAUAUCAUUACUUAUAUUAUUAUAGAUAGUUAGAUAUAGGUCUUCAAUUUCAUCAUUAUUUUUUCCUCUUCUGUUAAUGUUUGAUUUUUUUUGUAGACGUUUUAGUAAAUAAUGAAACACCAUUGACAUAAAUCUCAGAAUCAUUUUGAAUAUUUUCAUCAAUAGUACCUAUUAAUAUUGUGAUCAGGAGCAUUUUCUAUCUAAGAAAAAUUAAAACAUAUACACAUUACACACUAAAGACAAAACAUUUAAACUAUCAAUAAUCUAUAUGUAAAAUUAAUGUAAGUCGUAGACUGUAGGGCAUGAUUCAGCACAAGUGCUGCUCUAGGCCUUCACUAAUAUGCUGCCUAACUGUCUUCCCUCCAAAUUUCAUUAGACUAAAAUAAUUUAAUUAAUCUUAGUUCUUAUUAGUUAUGGUUGAGGACAACUUACCACUGAUUUUCGGUCAGGUAAUUUUUCUACCGGUACAUAAUUUAUUGUUCAAAAAUCAAUAAAACAAUAAUUAACAAACGCAUUUUAAUAACGAGAUAAUUACUAUUUUAUAAUAGAUCAAUUAUUAUUGACUUUUUUACUCACGUGUUUGGUGUCUACAUGAAUAUUUGACUUUUUUUCCUGUGAUUAAGUACACAAUUGUACUUUUCAUUUUCAGUUUUAUUACCCACCAAUUUUAAAAUAAAUAAACGUUUAAAUGUAAAUAUGGAAUUUGAACUACAAUCAGCUUGUGCGUUUUUGUCGAAACUCUCUACGAAUGUUGUUUUUUCAAACAAAUAAGAAUACCGAUAGUGAUAGCCUGAUUACGUGCAAUUUACUACGAUAAUAAUACGAUUCCAUAAUAAAUAUUGUUUUUUUUAGUAUUUUAGUCUAAAAAUAUAUUGUUUUUGUAUCACAAAUCUAUGACUGUACAGCCAGCUGCUUGUCACGGAGUUUCGGCGGCGGUGUCAAUAAUAGUGAGAUAUUAUUGAAAGAUUCUCUGUUGUGAAAAACUGGAGGUUAGACUUUGUAUUAUGAAUUGAUAACAUGUAUUAUAAUAGUAUAUUUAACUAAAUGUCUUAUUUUCUGCAUUAAAAUUCUAUAUUAUAUAAAUAUAAAAGAACUCAAUUCCUGUGUGUAUUAAUAAAAUUGUUGUAGCUGUAACGUUACUUUUUAACGAGCUUUAUAUUUUGAAGAGCGGGUGAAAAUUUCGAUUCCUCAUUGUUAUAAAUCAUCAUAAUUACUUCAGAUUUUAAACUCACCGUUGUGUGGCCCAACGACCAACAGUCUUACGGCUCCAGGUGUCUAUGCAUUUUGGUUGUGGCACAUUAAACAAUAAAGUCCAAUAAACAAUAUCCCAUACCCGAAGAUAAAAAUAUUGUAUACUAUUGAAUAAUCUAUUAUUAUUUAUUACAUUAUUGCUAAUUAACGUAGACGUUUAAUUUACUGAGGUAGGUCAGAUAAGUGUUUUAACUAUUUUUACUGCCGUGACAUCCUAAAAUUUAGGUGGUUAAAAUAUAUAUUUUAUAAACGGCGACUAAUUAUUUUAUAUUUUUGGCGACCAUAAAUAAUUAUUUGGCAACCCCCAGGUUGAGAAAACUUGUACUAUAUAAUUAAAAAGUGUUUUAUAUUUUAGAUUUUUUUAUCACUUGGUUAUAACUUAUGAACUUUAUAUGAGUGAUAACUACGAAGAAUCGUUAUUGGAAAUCCAAAGCGUUAUCAAAUCUCUAGAAACGUGUACAUUUGACCAGCCAGAGAAACCGUAUAUUUACGCUUGCCACCACAUAUCUCGUGCUACUUGUGCUUACAUUGCUUUAACAUUGGAUCGUGAUUAUGAACAAGUAAGAUUAAAAUGUAACACAGGUUAGGUUAGAAUUUAAUUGCGGGUUCAAAAAACGUGAAUGAAUACGUGGUAAGAGGACGCUUGGAGAAGUCGAGAGAAGAGACAAAUGUAUAUAUUCGCCUUUGGCCUACAUAAAAAUUGUAGGUAAUAAGUGUAUCAAAUUGUAUCAUACGUAUUAGAAUUAAUAUUUAGAGCAUUACAUUUUAUAAGAUUGACCAUAGCGAUAAAGUUGUAAAUAAAUUAAAAUAAAUUGUAGGUAAGUACUACAACUACACUAUACGAGUAUAUUAAUCGAUAUUUUGUUGUUAAUGAUAUUAUUAGAUGACGAUGGACAUAAAAUCGGUAAACAGUUUAAAUCAAGUCGAAAAAGCUGCAAUUUAUGCAAUUAAAGCUAGAAUAUUUAUGAUGUAUGCGCCGAAGGGAAACAAUAUCGCUUUAAAAUUUGCUGAUCAAUCUCGCCACCAUCAAUCUACCGAAACUGAAUGGAUAAUCGUUUGGUUAAAAGCCAAAGGUAGACUUAGGCGUUGUUAUAAUAAAACUCAAAUGCCAGGAGAAGAUGAAAUUGAGGCAGCAGGAAUGUUAAGUUUAGCACAAUCCAAACCUUGGGUUUUGGUCCAAGCUUCUAAAGUUUAUAUGGAAAUAGCGUUUAUUCAUUCAACAAAUAACAACCAAGAGGAAUAUAAAAUAUACAAUACAAUUUCAUCGAAUCUUAUCGUGUAAGUAUAAUACGAGUUAACCUAAGUAUUAGACAGUUAAAUUACGUCCCAAUAGAAAAAAUACUACAAAUAAACUACAAAUUUGAUUACCAUAAUUUAACUAAAUUAUACAUAACUAUGAAAAAUUAAUUUAAUUUUAGUAUUAAGUUCUCGACCACUCAUUAAUACUAUUAAGAACAAAAAAAAAAACAAGCUAAGGUAAUAAUCAUAAUUGCCUAUUCUAAAAAUUAUGAUAGGUAAGUGGUAUCUAUGUUAAUCUUUGAUUUAGAUUGAUAUUUACAGACCCGGACAUUUUUUCGCUAAUCAUUUAACAGUAGUUUUAAACGUAGGAAGGGUUAACGGGAAGGGGAGUCAAAAUUUUUUUACAAAUAAAUAUAGUUGUUGAGAAUGAUGGUGCAAUAUAAAUUGGGCGGUCGAAUUUAGUUUUUGAGUUAUAACACUUUGAAAUCAGUAUACAUGUGUUAUGAUAUUACUCAAUAUCGCAUUUACCAUACAUUGGUUGUCGUAGUCUAGUUAGUACCUGUUAUCUAUCCAGAGGUGUCCUAAGUCAAAUCCGUGUCCCAAAAGUAUAUUUUUUUUCAAUAGAAAAAAUUGUCCUAGAUACCGCAUUAGAUAUUUUGACUAGUACACUAUACAAUAAUAACCAUUGAAAACGAUUUUCCUUGCAAAAUUCAUAUUUUUUACCCUGCGAUUUACCUGAGAUAGUAUUGCAUAUGGCGAUAUAACCAAAACAACAGUAAUGGAGAUAUAAUUAUGGAAUUGAUUAUUCUAAAUAAUACGGAACUCAAACAUAACGCUAAAGAUAAAGGGAAAUUUCACUCAGCGAGAUGCAAAAUAUACAUCGAACCUUUGUAACCUAACAAGGUAAUCGAUGAACAACAGCAUAACCGCGACUAGAACGGUACUGGGAAUUUUCCCACACAGGCAGUAUAGACCUGUAUUAAUUGCCUGUGGUCUCCAGAUUACAGUAGCUAGAUCUAUACCUAAACCACGAUGGCAUUUUAAAUUAGAGAAGUGGGACAAAUAUGCCAACGAAUUGAAUAGGAUAGUCAAAUGGAUAUCACCAAUUGCCUGAAAUUAUGAUCGAUUAAAGAAGAUAACAGCAAAGCAUAUACCAAGAGGCUACAGAAAACGUACAUUCCGGGGUGGGUAUGGCAUAUAAGAAACUAUUUGAAGAAUACGAAGAAACACAAGACAGUUGUAUCGCAGACAACUUGACUUAAAGUACAUACAAAAGUUUAUAAAUGUAAUUCCUUGCAAGGAAAUGGUUGAACUGUUAAACAACACGCUAGUUAACCGUAGGUUUAAGUGUUCGUAGACGGUAAAAAAAGUAGGUGGAGCUCAGUGAAUAAUGGAUUACCCCAGGGAUCAGUGUUAUUCGUUACCAUUUAUAUUCGUUUUAUCUAAAAAUAAGUUCUCUUGAAAUUUUGAGUACUUACUUCUGGUCUAUUGGAAAUCGCUAUUUGGCAUUAAAUUUUGACAAAUAUUUUUGACCCUCUCACCCCGUUAACUCUUCUUACGUUCAAAAUUACUAUUAAAUGACUGGUGACGAAAUGGUUUUACGACGAAACGGCCGUGGCGAAAUGUCCUAGACCCCAAUAUUCAAUAUUUAUAAAUUUUAUAGAAAAGCAAUUGAAGUGGCGAAAGAUGAUAUAAGACAAUUAUGUUUAUGCUUGAAGACAUACAUCGAUUAUCCAAAACAAUUUCAGUCUAAAAUAGUGGUAGAUACAUUAAUUGAGAAAUUAACCGGGAAAGAAUAUAAUCAAGUGUAUCCUAUUUUAGGAAAGUAUUAUUUAAAAUACAAAAAGGUAUGAUGGUUAAGUACCUACCAAUUUAUCAUAUUAUAAUAAUAAUAGUAUGUCGAACAUCUCUAUCACAUUAUGAAUAUUUUUGAUGCAUUUUUUUUUUUUUAUGAAUUUAGGAUUAUGAAAAAGCAAAAAUAUAUUUUUCUCGUGGAAUGGCUUCUGGUCAUUUUAGUAGUGCAUUGCAAUUAGUAAGAGUCGAGUGUUUAUUGGAACCUGUAAAUAAAUAUCCUCUUAUUGGAAUAUUAAUUAUGAUUUAUAAAGUUUUUCAACAUCCUCUAAGGAGGCUUUUAAUACUAUCUCAAAUAUUGAUAUAUUGUUAUUAUUAUGAAAAAAACCCUAAAGUAAUGAUGCGCUAUUUAAAUUUGUACAUGGAUCAAGAUAUAGAUGAUGCAUUUAAGAAGCAUUGUUUAACUGUAAGUUAUUAUGUAUAACCUUAAUAACGUUUAAUGAUUAUCGAUUCGGUCCUACUUGUCAGUACCAGUUUUAUAACAAGUAUUUUAAUAUUUAAAUAUUUUAUCAGUAACUAUUAAAAAAUUUAAAAUUUUUGGAUUCUGAGUGUUGAAAUUAUUCAUAUCACUAAGACGUGUUUAAUUUUUCGAAAAGCACUUUUUCGGUUCGUUUUCUAAAUUUUUUCAUAUCAUACAUAAAAUAUACAUACAUGCUUGCUUUAAAUUGUUUUCAUGUCAUUAUGUCGAUUUUUUGAUUAAUAGUACUUUAUUUAAAAAAAAUUUCGAAAUUUUCAAUACUUCUCCAACACAACAUGUAUAACCUUAUCAGUUUACAAAGCUCCGUUCAGAAUCGUUGUUUGAUUACAAUAAUUUAUCGUUCCUUUCAAGUCCAGAAUAAAAACUAUAUAAACUACCUUAUAUCCUAUAUCUUACCAACUAUCCGUCUACAACAGUGGCCACGAGGUUAAGGUAUAAGGAAAUCAUUUUUUUCAGAUUCUGAGCGAAACGAGUAAUAUGUAUUGGUUUUACAAUGAUAUUUAUUUGUUUUUGUCAAUCUGUAAACAACUUUUCUACCAGAUAUUUUGCUUAGAAAUAUCAAUUGUAGUAUUUUUUCUGAAAGGGAAUCUUAUCUGGGCAGUACUCCAAGAGGGUCGUAUUUUUAUUUUCCAAGCAGUUUUCGUAAUAAUUUGGAAAAAUCGGGGAAAAACGUAGGAAAACGGGAAAAUUUACAAUAUUGAAUGUAUUAUUUUAAAUUUUGUUUUUUUUUUUGUGAUUCAGUUAAAAAUAUUCGUAGAAACUUGAAAUUUGGACUAAAAAUUUAAUUUUUCAUUUAUAGGCAUGGUAAAUUUUUCAAAACAUUUUAACCAUUUUUGAGACAUUUUAAUAUUACGAGUUUUUUACUUAAUUUUUAUUUGGUAGGUACACUGUGGAUGAUUGUUGAUGAAUUGUUAGACCAAACAUGAAUGCUUGAAAUUUAAUAGGAGGUUCAUUAAUAGUUGCACUUUGUAGUUAAAAAAAAAAUGGAGUGUAAUGCAUUCAUCUUUUUUCAUAGUGGUAUUAGGAUCAAAAUAUUGAAGACAAUUGCAAGUAUUACGGCCUUUCAAAUCUUGUAUAAAUGAACUUUGCUCAGAAUCGCUUUUCGUUUGCAACGAUUAAUCAUUACGUACAGAUAUACAUUAAAUUCCUCUCUACCUUCCCAAUUUCUCACCUAUAACAGUGACCCACCUAUCGUGCGAAGUAUAUAUGUCCUUCUUUUUUAAUUUGAGUUUAUUCAAUAUCAACAUAAUAAAUUUGCUAUGUACUAAUCGUUCAAUUAUAAUGACAUUCAUUUAUUGUUAUUAUAUAAAAAGUUAUUAAUUAACGUAUUAGAAAAAAGAUAAAAUAAAUUAAUGUGAAGUAUGAUUAAUAAAUCAGGUUUAAAAUUUAAAAAUAAAAAUAUAAAAUAAAUUCGUAUAGAAAAACAAAUAAAAAAAGACGUCCUAGGAUAAUGGGGACGGGUGCAGUCACUGUUAUAGGUAAUUUAAUGUAUAGCUGUGAGCAACGGUAAACCAUUGCUUAUAAAAAAACGAUUCUGAGCGGAGUUCAAUUGAUAGUGAUGAUUUGUCAACAAUAUAUAUGCCAUAUUAUCGUAAAAUUAUUAAAUAGACUUUAUAUAUUUUCUUUUAUAAUAUUUUUUUAAUGUUGUAUAGAUUUUCCUGGUUUUUUACAUUUUUUGCGAAAACGAGAAAAUCGAAAAAUGAAUCUUUAAAGUACCUCCCCAGUCGAAUUUCUUUUUAGAAACAUUGUUGUCACUAAAAAUUGAAGCGAAAUUACUGGUAAAUAAAUUAUACACAGAAAAAAAAUCGUUAUAUUUUAGUAAUAUAUUUCGUACAUUUUCCCGUUUUUCCUGUUUUUUUUUCGGUUUUUCACAUUUGACGAGAAAACUCUUAAGAUAAUCGAAAAUUGACCUCCCUAAAGUUCAUUCCCUAUACCGAUUUCCUUUCAUAUAAAGUGUUAAAAAUCUGUGCGCAAAAAAGUAGCAAGCAGAUAAAAAAAAAAUAAUAAUAAUAAUUAAGGACGACAUACUUCACAUUGGGGUGCAGCCACUGUUGCAGAUUGGAAGAUGGGAGGGUAGGCUACAGACGGGAAUUUAAUGAAAAUCUGUAAGCAACGAUAAACCAUUGCUAACAAAAAACGAUUCUGAGCCGAGUUCAGUUGAUAAUGUUGCUUUGUCAACAAUAAAAUAUAUGGUAUUCUGUUAUAUUAUGCUAAAAUAAUUAAAAUAAUGUGUGUUUCCAGUACAACAAUGAUUGUUUGAAAAAUAUUAAAAUCUUAAUAAUAAUAAAAAAUAAUAAAUAUAAACAUUAAUGAGAAUUUCAAAAAAUGACCUCUUUAAAGUAUCACCUAGAAAAAAUCGACUUUCUUAAAAGGUGCUAUACUUGAUAAUCGGAGUAUCCUUUCUGGUAGAAAAAGUGUUUACAUAGAAAAAAUAAAUAAAAAAAUAAACAUUGUAAAACCAAUAUAUUGCUCGUUCCACUCAAAAUCUAAAAAAAAUAAAUAUCUUUGUAAAACUAAGUUUCUUCGCUCUACUCAGAAUCUAAAAUCAUCACGUAUUGACCGAUAUUGUUGCAAUAAAUAACUAAAAUAAUAUCAUUAAUUUGAUUAUGUAAAUGUUUCAUAAUCAUAAUAUUUUUAUUUCAGUUCGCUAUACCGUUAUUUAAACUAAACGGAUUAUUCAUUAAAAACCAAUUUUUAUAUUAUCUAAGCAUUAAAGUAAAAAAUAUAACAAUGCUAUAUGAAUGGAGUCUAGAAGAAAAAGAAAUAGUUUAUGGUGUAUAUUAUCGGUUCAAUAAAAUGUCGAAACAAAAAAUAAAAAUGGAGAACGAGCAAUACAGUCAGUCACCGUACGAGUAAUGUUUUUGGUGUUUGUACCGACUGUAACACUAAUUUUGAUAGCUGGUUGAAGAGGAUUCCUAGUCAAAAGUUUUGUCGGAUAUUUAUUUUAUGUAUGAAACUUUGCACAAUAAUAAACUUGAAUUGAAUACGUAUAAUAUAGUACAUACAUCAUCGUAUUAUAGUAGAAUAAAAAUCAAAAGUAAAAAUAAAAUAGAGGUAGAAUUGUAUGGUGUGGAGGAUGAGAGAUGAAUAGUCAAAUAUAAUAGAUACCUAGGUGUAUAUGGUGUGAAAUGAUAUUAUUACUGCGUAAUAUUUACAAUACGGAUACAUGGCGGUUUGUUCAUCGAUGAAUAUGUGUAUAUACCGUUCUGUGUGUGUGUGUGUUUAUUAUACGGCUAUCAUCGCGACAUAUACCUACUAAUGUAUAGAUGUAUUAUAUUUAAUAUUGACCGGCAGCUAUCUACCGCACGAGAUUAUUUUUAUUAAUUUAUUUGCAUCUACCUAAUUUUUUUACUCAAUGUUCUACUACGAGACAUGGAAAUAAUCACUUACCCCGGCAUACUGCUUGAAAUUCGCAAGAAGUUCGUUGUUCAAAAUUUAAGGAGCAUGUAUAAGGAUGUGUAGGUUUCGAUGAGUUGUUACAAUAAACACAAGUCAAUUUCCUAACUGUUUUUUCACCAAGUCCACUAGACCAAUAAAUAUUUAUAUAGCUAUACUCGGAUGUCGGGUCACUAAUAAGUGACAACUUACGGGAGAAUCGUCUGUUUAAUGUUACGAAUCGCUAACCAACGUAUCGUUGUGAUUAAAUUUGGUGAGAACGCAAAUGUACAGACAACUGUUUGUCCUGACUGACGACCAGGAACUGCGCUAUGUUAAGAUCGUGCCCGAGUCAGUCAAAUGCAAUGUAUUGUGUGUAAAAGGGGAUGAAGAAAAAAUAAAUGAAUACGUUUACGUGUGUAAUAGAGAAUAAGGUGACAAUAAGUACCAGCUUUAAGGAAAUAUGGAUUAACCAAAUAUAGCAGCCCGCCUAUGGUAUCUGCAACUGCUGUAUAGGUUUGGAAAAAUAUAAUUGGUAAAGAUUUUAGGUGAGUAAAAAAGAGUGCUUCCGCUGGGCGAACUAAGAGAAGUGAAAAUUCGUUGGAAAAGAUUUAUGUGUCUCACGUCUUAUGCAAUACGCGGUCCCUACUCUGGCAGCUUCCAUAUGAUCACUGCAGUGGCUACGGGGGGGGGAGGUACCUGUAUGUGAACAAUGCGUGUAAUUAGUCGUGUAAUAAUUAUAUUGCGUAUUUAUGUGGCAACGUUGAUAUUUUGGCGAUGAAACUGGUAAUGUACUUACUACGUCACUUUGCUAGUUUAUAUUAUAAAUAUUAAUGUAUUACAGUAUACUUGGGAAGGCGGGCUCAUAAUCGACUGAACUCGUUCAAAUACAAGGACAAAGAAUCAAGGAGAAAAUCACGCUGCAAAAACCACAUUCGGAAAAUAUCCCCCCUUCCUUCCACAAAAAACAAGUAGAGAGGAUGAAACCUGUUACAAUUAUCGUGAAAAAUACUUCAGAUAUCAUAUAAUUACAUUCUUUGACAGUAGUUAUAUAUUAGUUAAUGGAACAAAAUCGAUCUAUUCUUAUUUUUAAAUUGGAAUGAGAUUUCUGGUAGUAAACAUCGUUUGCUAAAAUGAAAAUUAUUAAAUCGGGAUGCCAAGUUGCUAAGAAUAUUAAUCAUUUUAAAUUGUUUGUUUUUUCCCAAUUAUUAUGAAAACUAAUUUGAAUAUCAAAAAACAACUUCCUUUGCCAGUGGUAGUAGGAAGUUAUGAUACAUAAAGUUAUUUAAUUUAUGUCUGUAAGCACCGGUGCUAACCUAUAAAAUUAUGUAAUUUUAAAAUUAAAAAAAAGCUGCCCUAGGAUAAUGAGGACGUGUCCAGUCACUGUUAUAGGUAAUUAAAUGUAUUUAAACGAUCCUGAGUGGAGUUCAGUUGAUAGUGAUGCUUUAUCAACAAUAUAUAUGUUAUAUUAUGGUAAAAUGUUAAAGCCAGAAAAAUAAAGUUUUAAAUAUUAAAAUUAGCCUUUUGUUAUUUGGAGAAUGUGGAAUGUACAUAUUUUAAUACAUACAUUUAAACCAUAAGUAUUAAUUAUUAUCUUAAAAUUUUCAGUAUCUAGUUAUAUUUUUGUUUCAUUGUACCUUUUCCGUACUAUACGUUUUGAUUGUAACGAAUAUUUAAAAUGUAUAUUGUUCACUUUCAUAAAGCUUUUUGUAUUAAAAAUAAGAAUCAAAUACUUUAGAUUUGUUAAUAAAUAAUUCGCACAUGUUAUUAUUACCAAUAAUAAUUAUUUCUAAACUUGAAACUUAGAAAUGUUGACCACAGAUUUAAGUUUCAAAUACAUCAUUAAGAAGUGCUUAUAAAAUUAUUAAUUAAUUUAAUUUGUUAAUUUAUAAAUGGUUUGUAACACUAUUGUGUAAGUGUGCUUGAUUUUUCGUAAAAAAAAAAAAAAAAAAAAAACAACUACUAGGUAAUUUCCCUGAAAUGGACGUAAGUUUUUCAUUUUCUACGGGUCUUAAAAUGUUAAAAUUUGGCCCUGACCUUCACUCUGAAUCCACUACUGACUGAUAAUUAAUGAAUUUCAAAGAUACACGUUUGAAAUUCAUUUAACGGGCGAGUUUAAAAGUUGUUUUGAACGUUUUUAAUUUUUUUAUUUAAAUUUUAAAUUCUAAUGAAAAAAUACUAGCUUCCUGGUAUAAUUCUAUUCGGGUGUGUUUAAUUUGAAGAAAGAAAUGAGGAAUUUUAAUGAAUUUUAAACGUAAAUAUCUUUGAAGUUCAUUAUCGAUCCUACCAGUUUAAAGUCUGGUAAAGUGUGAAGAAAAAUAAGUUUACUGGGUAGUUUGUUUAAUCCUCUAGUCCUCAGUUUUUUUUUUUUUUUUGUCCGGUCGAGAAUUUAGCAAUGGGAUUUUGUACAGACACCACUGAUAAGUGUGUUAUAUGUUACGUAAUUUUUGGUUAUUUGAGAGUUGUUUUUAUUACUUGAGAUAUUUCGAUCAGUAAUCAUAUUUUUUUAUACCAUAUUGUUAACUGUAAAAUUUAUUAUAGUAGUGUAUCUACUAUAUUAUACAGUAUUUUUACUAGGUUAUAAGUUCUAGUGUAACACUAUAGAAAACACUGUUUAUAUAUUUUUAUUUUUAAAUAUAUAUUUCGUAUUUAUUUUGACAAUAAUAUUUGCAUCUUGUUUAUCAUACAAAAUAUCAACAGGUUUAUAGGUGUAUCUUGAAAAAAAUUUAACAAUUUUUGAAAAUUUUAUAUUCAAAGAAGUUUGUUUAAGUCGUAUUAACUUGAACAUAAACAGAAAUGGAAAUAAUAAUGGAAAAUCGAUAUUAUUAACAUUUAUAUUUGGAUAUUAAUGUUUAAUCUCGAUCAACAAUUAUAUUUUAUAAUUUGUUCAAUGAAAUAAUAUUAAAUCACUCAGGUAUAAAUGCGAGCUAAUCAAAUUCGUUUACUGUUUUAGCGUUGUUUGUUUACUAUUUUUUUUUUUUUAACGGUUGUCUAUUUUGUUGAACUAUUUUUUGACUGUUCUUUUUUUUCUUUUACUGGUUCUUUAACGGCAUUCUUUUUUUUUGAACUCUUUGUUGAUUGUACUGGUUUUUCACCGUCUUAUAUGAUUCUUCAUUAUCUGGUUCUGCUUCUGUUUCUUUAGCUUGAAGUUUUUUUUUAGAAUUCUUUGAUGGUGGUACUUGUUCUUGUUCUUCUUCUUCUUCUUCUUCUUCUUCUUCUUCUUCUUCUUCUUCUUCGUCUUCGUCUUCAUCUGGUUCUACCGCUGGUUUUUUAACUGCACGUUUUUUCUGUAAGCGCUUUGAUGGUAAUUCUGGUUUUAGUUUUUCUUCUUCUGAUGGUUCUUCUUCAUUAUCUGAUUUUUCUUCUAAUUUAUUUUUAUUGCUACUAUUAUCAUUCUCUGAAACUCCUAAAAGUGGCAGUAUAGUGUUUGAUGCUUUACGUACUAUUUUCUUCGGAACACCCACAACACCAUGUGUUAUGGCAACAGUGUCGCUUGCGAUAGAGACCGGUGUAUUAACAACGGUUCCUCCUACUCGAAUUAUAUUCUUAGUUAAGUCUGCCGUAUGAUCCACUGUAUCGAAUACUUGAUUUGUAGCCACAUUACCGACUUCUUUAAAUUUUCUCAUUGAUUGUUUUGUUCUCUUCGUUGCAUUAUUUCCCAAACUUUUACCCAUGUCUAAAGUGUCCUUACCUAAUGAAUGCACAUUUUUUGCAUGCCCUUUAACAUGUUCUCCUAUAUUUAAUAUCGAUUGACUGCCAACUGACAAUAAUCCAGCAGCGUUGUUUAAAAGACCAACUUUAAGUUUCUUAGAUUCUUUUCUAGUGGUCUUUUUUAGAUUUCUCUUUGCACCGUUAACCGUUUUCGGUGUCCGUUUCUCUCUUGGCUUUUCUUCAUAAUCUUCAUCUUCUGAACUACUUAUAGUUUUUUCAUUUAGUUCGUUUUCACUAGAACUUGUUACAUCUGUUUCAUCGUCAAUAGGGGUUUUUUUAAAAGUUUUAUUAGAUUUCAAUGCUUUUAGUGUCGUUGUUUUGUCUUUAGACGGUUUCUUUCUACUUUCCU